CGGAUGAUAUCUUGAACUAUCCAGAUCAGAGAACACCAAAUAAUGAAAGAGUUCACAGUCUGAAUUUCAUAUUUGAAAGGAGAUUUGACAUGGCUAUUUUGAAAUUAUCAAUAAAUCUUAGGCUAAUUAUUGCUACAGCAAUUCUUUCUGUUAACGGUUUAAGCAGUGAUUCGGUUUCUGUUGACGAAGAUUCAAACAAUGAUUCGGCGAUUAAUUAUCGUUUACCAGACAAUGUAGUUCCAGUACAUUAUAAUAUUAAGCUAAUACCAUAUAUUGAGGCAAACAAUUUUAACUUUGAAGGAGAAUCUAGUGUUGAUAUCAUAAUUCGUCAUGCAACGCAAAAUUUGAGUUUACACGUAUUCGAAUUGACAAUAGAUAAAACAGUGACAGUGUUGUUUGAUGACAAUGGUAUACAUGUUUAUACACCGGCAACGUAUAAUUAUGAUAAUAUAACACAAAUCUUAGUUCUUAAUUUUAAUAAUAAACUGUUACCUGGAAAUUAUAUUUUGAAACUGCGAUUUGUUGGUAUUUUACGUAACGAUUUGAAAGGCUUUUUCAUAUUAUCUUAUAUCAACGAGGAAGGAAAUAAUAUGUGGUCGGUCGCAACGCAUUUCGAGCCGAUUUAUGCGCGACGAACAUUCCCAUGUUGGGACGAGCCGGCAUUAAAAGCUACUUUCGAUAUCUCGAUAAAACAUCCUCGAAAUUACACGGCUUUAUCAAAUAUGCCAACACGAGAACAAUCGGACGAUGGUAAUAAAGACGGCAUGAUAUGGACGCACUUUGAUACGACUCCCAUCAUAUCUACCUAUCUCGUAGCGUUUAGCGUAGUAGCCAAUUACAUUCGCGUUCCUGUUGAUGAUACUACUAAUAUAUGGUGCAGAUCGAAAUUGGUGCCACACACAAAAUUUGUACAAGAAGUUGUUCAAAAAUCUAAAGAGCUAUUGACAGAAUAUACCAGCAUCUAUAAGAUGCCAAAAAUGGAUCUCGUAGCACUCCCACAAUUCAUACAUAGUAGUAUCAGUUGGGGACUUAUUAUUUUUGGUGAAACAAGCCUUGCCUAUAAUGAAAGUUUCAAUACAAUAUCUACUAAACGAGAUGUAGCGGUGACAACAGUACAUGGAAUUGCAUAUCAAUGGUUUAGUAAUGUAGUCACUCCAUUAUGGUGGCCUCAUGUAUGGUUAAGUGAGGGAUUUGCGACAUUCUGCGAAAUAUAUAUUCUCAAUCAGAUUUUCGAGGAUUGGCGAAGAAUGGAAUACUUUGUUGUUCAGCAAAAAAUUCUUCACGUGGAUAUUGAUAUGAAUAUAAACCCAAUUACAUUAGAAGUCAAUAGACCCAAAGAAAUUGAAUCACUCUUCUUUCACUCCAAUUAUAACAAGGCAUCCGCUAUACUGCGCAUGUUACAACAUAUAAUUACCGACGAGAUAUUUGAAAAAGGUCUUAUUAAAUAUUUACAUACGCAGAUAUUUACUCAGUUCAAUUCGACUACUUCCGACAGUUUAUGGAACGCUUUUCAAGUAAUGCUAGAUAAAUCAGGUGUCCCACAUAAUACCUAUAGAUUGAAAGAAGUAAUGGAUACUUGGAUAAAACAAUCGGAUUUUCCUGUAGUAUAUAUGACCCGAAAUAACGACACUAAUGAGAUAAUAUUAACUCAAGAACAUUUCCUUCCCAAAAAUAAAAAAAAGAACGUCAGUAAUAAUAAAUGGUGGAUACCUUUGACUUUUGCCACGCAAACAAAUCCCGAUUUUUCUAAUACUUUACCUACUCAUUGGCUAAAACCACAAGAUCAAAAUAUAACGAUUAAUGGAAUUGAUCCAAAUGAUUGGAUUAUUGUGAAUUUACAACAAAUAGGAUACUAUCGUGUUAAUUACGAUUCUUCAAAUUGGCAGAAAAUUGUGAGUUAUCUCAAAUCUGGCAAUUAUAUGAAAAUCCACGUUCUCAAUCGUGCUCAAAUUAUUGAUGAUGCCUAUUAUUUUAUGAUGUUAAACAAACAUGAUAUCAUGAUGUUUCUAAAUAUUAUUAGCUAUCUAUCACAGGAAACAGAUUUUAUACCAUGGUAUUCUAUGUUAGAAGUAUUGAAACUUACAGAAGAUAUUUACAAAGUUCCAGAAAAUGAAUUUCUCAAAUCAUAUAUAAUUAAAAUUUUGGAUGCACUUAUUAAGAAUGUAGGAUACGAAGAAGAUCCUGGCGAGGAUGAUCUUACGAAAUUUACAAGAAUCGAAGCUUUAAAAUGGGCAUGUACUUUGGGUCAUUCCGAAUGCAAGAAAAUGGCCACUGUUAAACUGAAUGAAUUUUUAGCAGAUCCUAAAACAUAUAAAAUUUCGCCAAAUUUAAAAGAAUGGACAUAUUGUAAUGGCUUGAUGGAAGCAAACGCUUCUACUUGGAACAAGUUAUUCUAUAUAUAUGUAAAUAAAUCAGACAAAGAGACUUUGAUGUAUUUGAUUUGCUCUGAAAAUCCUGAUAUUAUAAUUAAUUUCUUG